AUUAGCUCGUUAAUCCAAUAAAAAGUUGCCACGUAACAAAUCGUGAUCACGGGCAUUUAAUCGAAUCUAUUUUUGAUUUUCCUCCGGUGCAAAGAAAGAAAGAAAGAAAGAAAGCGGGCCACUUUCGUUGUCCUUGGCACCGCCGUUUCAAGUUUCAACAGUUGAACUUGAUGAACCAUGCUUAUGGAUCCAUAUCACAUCUGUUUUGUUUUCGUUUUCUGUUUCGUGUAAUCGUGGAUUUAAAUUGAAAUUAAAAAAUUCCAGCUUAGCGGUAGCUGGAUAAAGAUUGGGAAUCACUGGAAAUUGAAGAAUGGCUACGCAAAACCAGAUUCCUAACAACACUGAUCUGUUCGAUGCUUAUUUUAUGAAAGCGGAUUUGGACGGAGACGGCCAAAUCAGUGGAGCCGAGGCUGUUGCCUUUUUCCAAGGCUCCAAUUUGCCCAAACACGUUCUCGCUCAGGUAUGGAUGCAUGCUGACCAGAAGAAACUAGGUUAUCUUGGUAGACAAGAAUUUUAUAAUGCCCUUAAACUUGUAACUGUGGCACAAAGUAAGCGAGAAUUGACACCAGAUAUGGUAAAGGCUGCACUGUAUGGCCAUGCUUCCGCUAAGAUUCCUGCUCCCCAGAUAAACAUUGCAGCUACACCUACACAGUCUAAGGUAGCAUCACUUACUUCGCAGUCCAGUGGCACCCUAUCAGUACCUUCUCAAAAUUUUGGCCUCAGAGGAACACCUGGUCUUGGUAAUGUGGGUGUAAAUCAGCAGGAUGUCCAAUCACAGCAAAACCAGGUUAUGAGGCCACCCAAAGCCAUGCCUUCGAGCACUUUAUCACAAACAAAACAAGUACUUGCAGCACAAGGCAUGCUGAGGGGAGGUAACAUGGUGUCUCCUCCUCAUCUUCCAACUUCAAACUCCUCUACUAAUUGGCAAAAUGGAAGCUUGGGUGGCCUCACAGUGGCUGCCAAUAACCAAGUUCUUAACCGAGAUGUUAGUCCUUCCACAAGCCAAGAUGGAUUUGAACUUACAGCUUCAGGUUUGACACCUUCUAUGCAACGAAUGCCGCAAGCAAACCCUGGGCAGAUAUCCUCUACUGCUCCAAAACCGCAACAUUCAUCCAUGUCAUCCAGCCAGUUAGGAGCAAAGGAUCCCAAAGCAUUGGUGGUUUCAGGAAAUGGGUUUGCCUCUGACUCUCUUUUUGGUGAUGUCUUCUCUGCCACUUCAUCACAAUCAAAGCAAAAUUCUUUGGCACCCACAUCAUCUGCAACUAGCUCAACAGUCUCAAUGGUUUCUAUUCCAGCUUCUGGGAAUCCUUCUGUAAAGCCAAGCCCAACUGACUCUUUACAGAGUACACUUUCUCAACAACCUGUGGGUGGUCAGUAUCAUCCAGGUCAUCCAACAGGGAAACAGAACCAGCAGGUUGCGAUUCAAAGCAAUGCUGCUUCUGGUUCAACUGGGUUUCCUGCUGGGCCUGGGAACUUGGCUUCUGGUAAAUCAAAUCAGUCUCAGCCCCCAUGGCCAAAGAUGACUCAAUCUGAUGUACAGAAGUAUACAAAAGUAUUUGUACAAGUUGACACUGAUAGAGAUGGAAAAAUUACUGGUGAUCAGGCCCGCAAUCUGUUCUUAAGCUGGAGGCUCCCAAGAGAGGUCUUAAAGCAGGUGUGGAACCUAUCUGAUCAAGAUAAUGACAGCAUGCUUUCUUUGAGAGAGUUUUGUACUGCUCUUUAUUUGAUGGAACGCUAUAGAGAAGGACGCCCUCUUCCUUCAGUGCUUGCAAGUACUAGCAUAGCUGAUGAAACUUUAUGGUCAACCUCAGGUCAUCCUCCUGCUCCAUAUGGAAAUGCAGCCUGGGGACCUGCUCAUGGUUUCCAGCAACCACAAGUUAUUAGUGCUUCGCGUCUACCUUUACCUUCUGCUAGGGGAAGACCACCUAGGCCAGUCUUGGUUUCUCAGACUGAUGCGCAGGUGCUGCCCAGUCAGCAAAAGUCCAAAGUUCCAAUGCUGGAAAAGAACCUUGUAGAUCAACUUAGCCAAGAGGAACAAGAUUCUCUUAACUCAAAGUUCAAAGAGGCAACAGAAGCAAAUAAAAAGGUUGAAGAACUGGAAAAGGAGAUACAAGAUUCAAAAGUGAAGACUGAAUUCUUUCGUGCUAAGAUGCAGGAACUUAUUUUAUAUAAAAGCAGAUGUGACAAUCGACUUAAUGAGAUUAUGGAAAGAGUCUUAGCUGACAAACGAGAGGUUGAAGUAUUGGCAAGGAAGUAUGAAGAGAAAUACAGGCUGUCUGGAGAUGUAGCCUCUAGGUUAACCAUUGAGGAGUCCACAUUUCGCAAUAUUCAGGAGAGAAAAAUGGAAUUGUACCAGGCGAUUGUCAGAAUAGAACAAGGAGACAAAGAUGGUGCUCUCCAGGAUCGUGCUAAUCAUUUACAAUCAGGUCUUCAGGAAUUAGUGAAAUCUGUUAAUGAACGUUGCAAACAAUAUGGAUUACGUGCUAAACCGACUUCACUGGUUGAGCUUCCAUUUGGCUGGCAACCUGGAAUCCAAGAAGGUGCAGCUGAUUGGGAUGAAGAUUGGGACAAGUUUGAAGUUGAAGGAUUCAUAUUUGUAAAGGAGCUCACUCUUGAUGUGCAAAAUGUCAUAGCCCCUCCGAAACCAAAAUCUUUAUCACUUCAAAGAGAAACAGCUUCUGCAACUGCUGCUGAUGAUAACUCAGAUAAGGUUCCAAAUACAAGUGAAUGGAUCCCUGAGAAAGACUUGGCAACUGACAAAAGUGAGGAUGGCCUGCCAAAAAGCCCCUCUGGAAGUCCAGCUGUUGCAGCAGAUAAGCAAUCUCAAGAAUUCCAGGAUUCCCAUGUGACAAAGAGUAGUGGUGCUGAUGGUUCUCCCCAUCCUCAGAGUACAAGUGAUCCUUAUGAAACUUCCCGUGCAAAGAAAACUGGUGAUGUUGAUGGCUCACCUCUUGCUAAAGAAUCCAGAAGUGCUGAAUCUUUAUUUUCUGAAGACAAGAGUUUUGAUGAACCUAGCUGGGGCAGAUUUGACACUCCUUAUACAGAUUCGGUUUGGGGCUUUGACAAUGAAAGUGGCAAGGAGAUGGAUCCUAAGAGAAAUAACGAUAUCUCUAUAUUUGGUCUUGGUGACUUCAAUAUAAAGCCCAUAAGAACGCAGUCCUCACACACAGAAAAGUUGUUCCCAGGUAAAGGCCCGUUUACUUUCACUGAUUCUGUUCCAAGCACCCCUUCCUACUCAGGUGACAUGUUCCAUGGGAAGAGCUCAUCUAUUUUUGCAGAUUCUGUUUCAAACACCCCUGUUUAUACAGAUAACAUGUUCAAGGGGAAGAGCUCCUCUGUUUUUGAUGAUUCUGUUCCAAGCACUCCUGCCCAUGCAGAAAACUUGUUCAAGGGGAAGAGUUCAUCCAUAUUUGCAGAUUCCAUUCCAAGCACUCCUGCCUAUGCAGACAAUAUGUUCAAGGGAAAGAGCUCGUCUAAUUUUGCUGAUUCUGUUCCAAUUACACCUGCUUAUCACUAUGGGAGCUCCCAGCGGAGGUUUAGUGAAGGAUUAGAAGAUCACUCAUUUGACAGCUUCUCUAGGUCUGAUUCAUUCAACAUGCAAGAAAGUGGCUUCUUUCUAUCCCCCUCCCUGGAUAGGUUUGAUUCCAUUCGCAGCUCAAAAGAUUCUGCUCAGGGUUAUGGGUUUCCCCCAUUGAGGUUUGAUUCUUUUAAUGGAAAUGAUCAACCUGACAGUGGGACUCUCCAAUCCCCUCGACAUUCGCUAGCGAGGUUUGAUUCUAUGCGAAGCAGUACAGGCUUUGAGCAUAGUCACGAGUUUACAUCAUUUGAUGAUACUGAUCUAUUUGGGUCAACUGGGCCAUUUAGGACAUCACAGGAGAGUCAGACCCCGAGGAGAGAUUCUGGUAAUUGGAGUGCUUUUUAGUCAAGUAAUAUAUAUAAAUGCAAUUAAAUCGGCUGUCUUUCUUUUCAUGUUAAAGCCUUGUAGGUCAAGAUUUUGCUCUCUUGUGUGGUGGCCUGAUUCUUUCAUUAGUACAUAGCAACUGAUAAAGGAUUGAUUGUGCGCUUUAUUUUUGGUCCGCGUGUUAUUUUGCAAAUGUCUUUUCUUCCCCUUUUUGUUACUUUGUCCUAGUUCAUUUUCUUUCCCUCUGCCGUGUUGCCUCGGCUUUUCUCUUUUUGGACAGUCUGGACGCAAGCAGUAUUCUUGUUCCCAAAUAGUUAGUGGUAAUCAUUGUAUUUGAUAUGGAACGUAAAAUUUGUACAAACUCGUUGCUCAUGCACUUUUCCUGGUUUUUUUUUACCUUUAUAUUUGCUGAAUGUUUCUAAUGUAGCGGAUGAUUUUGUGCAAGUGGCCAACUAACACAAAUGGCGACUUGAAUAUAUCUAAUUUAUUAUACAGUAUUCUUCUGUUCAGAUUCCAAUUGCAAGUUGCAAUUGAUUAUUGCUUACAAGCAUUAGUUGAGAAAGGGGAGGUAGGACUGCUAUUUUGAACGAAGGAAAAGGAUAGAUGUAUAGGAAUAGGAAGGACAUGCGUUUGUUUGCCACUAGUAACUCAUGCCGAGGAUGAGCUUUGCUUUUUGAACCUCAUAUCUGGAUUAAACUUUGAUGUCUUAUCAAGAAUGACGUUUGUUAGAUUUUAAGUAUAAAAAAAAAGUUGCAGAACAAGAUUGAUUUGGAUAUGGAGAGUUGGUUGCAGAGGCGCUUCUUGUUUUCUCAGACGGAUAGGAUGAGAUGAGAUGGGCCGUUGUUUCACUUGCUUCUUAGAUUGAGAUCGCCGGCAGUCGGUGCUAAUAACUGUAAAUGUAAUUAAUUUUUGGUGGAUUUUGAGAGAUCUAACUAGGAAAUGAUACUAUCAUUCUUUACUCUGCAAUUUAAAAGGGUAUAAAGAGAAGCUUGAGCAAUUAGUAGUAUUGUUUUCGAAAGGAACAUAAUCGUACAACUCACCUGUUUAUUCAACUUUUAAAAGCAAAGCAACGUAUAUAAAAUAAUCGAGGGGAAGGUUGAGAUAUUGGUUUCUUCUUUUGUCGUUCUCCAUUUGCAGCAUUUGGGAGUAAAAUUAUAAAAUGCCAUCUAAAAUGCACAUGAUGAGAUGAGAUGAUAUGAAGGGGCAGAUUAUGUCGAGUGUUUCACUUAAAAAAAAUGUAACUAAAAACGUGAAAGGAGCGAGGAUAUAUAAGACCAGCCACCUAUCUUCAAUUGUUGAAGACAAGUAAAAGGAUUAAACACAGACAACUGAAAAAUGAUU